AUGAUGGUCUCUGAUGAAGAAAAACGAUGGAUUGUUGUCGGAAUUGCCAUGAACAAAGUUGCUGUUCCUGUUUUGCGGGAUGCUGUCAAACAAGGAAUAGACACCAACUAUGCAGAUCUGGACAAACACUGUCAACAUCUAUCCCCACCUUGUACUCUAAAGACAUUAAAUCAUGGUCUGGUCCGAGCAGAUGCUGUCUUUGCACGACUGAAAUUUCAAAAUAUUAACAAUAAUGGAAGUUUAUAUGGAAAGCACUACAGUAGCUACAACUUUAACAUUAGUGACUCCAUAGAUUUGGCAAAGUUAUAUCUGCCAGAUUAUCUGGCUCAGUUUUCAGCAUUUGAUGAAUCACUGGAUUUGACUGCCAUCCUGCGGCUGUUAGGGUUUAGGAACUACACGCCUGCCACUGUGUUCUCCCCACACAUCCAGGCCUCAGCUGAUGAUGUCAGGGAAAAUGUCAGAAACAAAUGGGGCCAUGUUGAUGUAACUGAGUGGACAGAUCCCCUGUUCAAUGAUUGCUUUGACAAGCUAAAGGCAUUGGUGAAGAGUUUAGGACUGACAGCCUGUGUAGAGAAAACAACGUUGGAUCAGCUUGAUGACUGGCAAACAAAAGGUUAUUACACCUACACAAAAUAAGAUAAAAAUUAUUAUUUUCAUUGAGGGAAGACACUAAAGAAAAUUUUGCUCCUGCAAAUAUCUAAAUGUAGUAACUGUUCAUCGCUAGUAUGAUGUAAAGUGCAGGAUGGCAAUUCCUCAUUUGUAAUUGUGGCUCCACAUUUUAAAAAUCCUUUACCAAUAAAUAUUAAAAAACCGAUACCAAUUGCAUAACAUUUCAGGAGGAGCCACCCAUAUUGUGUGCACAGUAAUAUCUAUUUACUAGGGGAAACAAAUUUCAAAAUAACCUGUACUGGAACCUCCAUUCAGGGAACACCAUCGGGAUCAAGGAAAGUGUCCCCUGAAUGGAGGUUGGGGUUGGGUUUGUUAUUGUUUAACCUACAAAUAAUUUACUUUUCUUUUAUUCUGCCUCGGAAUUUGCUGUGGUCAAUAUUUGUAGCAGCAGGAUAAUGCAUAAAAAAUCAUGUUUAACUUAUCUCCGCAAAAUUCUGUGUCUCAAUCCCACAAGUGCAGUACAUCCCCACCUGAUUGAUUUAAGUGAGGCGGUCCUUGUUGAAAAGUUGCCAUCUUUGUGAUUAGUGUACCCUUAAACUUGUCAACGAUUUUUGUGGUCAGUCACUUUUUGAGUGCUAAGUUGUCCACUAAAAGGAGGUUAAACCCAGGUUUCGGGACCCAGAAAGAGUGCCCCUUUUGCCUGAAUAGUGGUGUCCUUUCUAUAGGGGUAACAGGUACAAAGAUUAUGUGAACAUUUUUCAGGAACAAAAUUAUUUUGUGUCCGUUGAAUGGAGGUGUCCCUUGAAUAGAGGUUUGUCUCAAAAAGAGGUUCCACUGUAUUUUGUUGUUGCACACAUGCACAGUAAAAGCUUCAUUUAUUUUUCGUUUUUCUUUUUUACAGGUUGUCAGUUAAUCUUGGGACAUGCUGUGGACAGGGAUCUUCUCCUUUUGGUACAAGGCGAAGUGAGAGGUCUGAUCAAGGACUACAACACCUUUGAAAAAAACCUUGCCACCCUUAGAGAUCAAGAUAAGCGUAAAGGAACGGCUUUAGAUGAACAUCACAAACGCCUUGAAGCGCUGGAAGAGAAGCUACAGGAGUCAUCAGAGAACAGACGUGAAGAGAUUAAAAAGGUUUUAGAGAGACUUUCGUCUUUCGAAGGACAGUUAUCGAUACGACUUCAAGUGGUAGAAGAAAAAGUGGAUCAACUAGAGCAAACUCUAACGAAGACAGAUGACAGAGUAAGUCAACUUGAACAAAGUCAAACCGACGCAAUUAGUAAAGUAGAACUGCUGAAGCACAGUCAUACCAAGACAGCUGAUGAAGUAGAACUGCUGAAGCAAAGCCACACUGAGGCGGCUGCAAAAGUGGAUCAACUGGAUCAAAGAUGUACUAAAGUGGAGCAAAUCGGACUACAAAUAAAAACGCAGAAUGACAAACCAGGUAAGCAAAGGUUGUGAUCCCAUGAGCAAUAUUUUUUAAUCGCCCAUUAUUUAUAGUGAAUACCAGGCAAAAAUAUGCUUCAUUGUUUGACACUUCUAAAUUUAACGUGGCUAUUACGGGACAGUAACUGAUUCCUCGAUACCUCUUCUGAAAAAGCCAUGGUGAACCCAACCGCCAUAGCACUACUGCACUACUUCUUACUUUUCUUUGUAUUUUGGCUCUUUUUUCAUAAAGAACCUUUUCAAAUUUACCUCUCUGGACCAUAAGAAUGUGCCGGAUGUGUCGCAGCAUUCUGGGCGCUCGAGAAAAAAAUCAAGUCAAUAAGCUAAGCACUGUGUGGAUCCUCUAAUUGUUACCAUUUAUCGCGUUAUCAAUUAAAAUGAAGUAGAUAAAGAAAGCUCUUUUGAGAAAAACGUUUUCUUAAUCAGGCGACAUACUAUGAUAUUACGCUACUUGCUUGUUCCCUUUUUGGUUUUUGAAACUUGCUUGUCUGCAGCUCUAAAUGUGUUUCAGGUGUAAAACCACUUAAAAUUGCAAUGCCGCCAAAUAUGGAAUACUGUAUAUUUAUUUUUGUACUGUAUACCUUUCUUUCUUCACGACGUUUUAUGGCUUCUUCGAUGCUUGAUUGUUUCUGGCUUAUGAAUUUCAAGUCGACAAGAAGUGAAAAUCAUGCAGUGACUUUUGCGACGGCGGAUAACAAGCCCGAAAGUGUUUGCAGUCGCUUUAAAUAUUGAUGAGUGGUCGUUUACGAGAGAAUCUUAAAACAGUAUUUCACUGAGAAACAAAACGGUUUUUUAGAAAGUGGUUGAUUAAUAGAAGUGGUGGCUUAAAAGAGUGGUCGUUAAGAGAGAUUUGCCUGUAUUUUAAAGCAAUUUUAACUGAUGUUAUCUUACAACAUGAUCACAAAAUGCCUCGCAUGGCUUCGGCUGCUGUCUCUGCUUUCUUUUCAUCUACUUCUUUUGAUCUACCUUCGUUCUUGACGACUUCCUAGCUCUUACUCUAAACUGUAGUAGGCUGCCUGAAACGCGUGCCCCUUUUUAUUUCGACGACUACGUGGUGUAUAAAUCGUUGAGAUACUUGAGAGACCUUGAGAGACAAGGAAGAUGACCUCCUAGACUUAAUGGUGUGUAGUCAUUUUUUUUAUUUUUUUUUUUUAAAUUUGGUAGGUUUUUAUUCAUACCGAGUAAGUUGGGGUAGAUUGGAAGGGCAAACGUAUGAAUUCCAAUAAAAUCACGCACUCCUAUGCCUCUUUGUGCUUAAAAAAAAAAUAAAAAAAUAAAACAAUCGUGUCUGUGGUCUUUCUUUUUCUUUCUCUUUUUUUUUGUUUGUUUCCUUUUUUGCUUUUCUCUUUUUUUUUCGUCUUCUUCGUUGUUUUUUUCUCGUUGUGAUAUUUGGGGGAUCUUGAGGGACAAGGGUGCUUUCCUUCUUGAUUUAAUGGUGUUUAGUCUUUUUUUUUUUUUUUUUUUUUCAUAUUUAGUAGGUUUUUCAUCAUACCGAGUAAGUCGGGGUCAAAACCUUAGUGACGUUCUUCGUCAGAUCUCAGUUGCUUUUGAAUCAGUUUUUCACGUUAUUUGGUAGUUCAACUGCAUAGAUCACUGUUGUCAGUCUUAGAUACUAAGUUCUAUCACUGAUGGAAUUUCUUUCUCUAUCAGAAGCAUCAUCUAUGAAAACUUUCGACCUGAAAUAUUGUCGAAGCAAGCUAGAGGAUCACUACCAAAAGACAGCAACUGUGCCUACCUCAGUUUGGUGUAAGAAAUCCGUUGUCGAUAUUCACCAGAUCUACACUCGUCUUUCCUGGGUGAAAGAGAAACAUACCCCUGCUGGAACAACACAGUCUGAGCUGAAGCAUUACAGUGACCUGCUCACUGUAGACAAGAACGGCGCCAUUCCAAAGAGAAUACUCGUGCAAGGGCAGACGGGAAUUGGAAAAAGUACGUUUGUGAAAAAGCUGCUUGUAGACUGGGUUGAAGUAAAUAAGGAAACUGGUGAUGAGCAAACUUCUGUCCUGAAGAAUUUUGAACUUGUGGUUGCUGUUAACCUCAAGGAAGUGUCCAAAUGUCAAAGCCUUGAAGACGUCAUAAGAAUGUCCAAUGUGUUUGCAAAGGAGGACAAAUAUAUGACAGAUGGCCUAAUUGAUUACAUCACUAAUAACCAGGAGAAAGUACUUCUAAUUUUUGACGGCUACGACGAAUACCGCAGUGGAUGCAGCUCAGAAAUAUACGAGAUUUUUCGUGGAAGCAGCCUGAGAAGCUGCUGUGUAUUGAUAACAACUCGUAUUUCAAAAGCUGACGAGCUACGAGGAUUGGAAGAUCUACACGCUGAAAUAACGGGAUUCAGUGAAGUUGAUAGAGGAGACUUUAUGCGUAGGUUUCUUGCUGACGAUGAAGCGUCCGCCUUAUAUCGUCAUUUGCGUGAUAGGAACCUGCAAGAAUUGACGAAAGUCCCUCUACUUCUCCUUUUUUUCUGUACCCUGUGGAAAACGGGACAGUCAAAGGUCUUUCCAAAAUCUAAAACUGAAUUGUAUACGUACAUCACCCAGUUCAUUAUAAAUCACAGCCAUAUCAAGCGAUCUCCACCUCACUACGUUAACUUACAAUCUUCCAAAGAGAUCCUCUCAGAAAUAGGAAAAGUUGCUUUACAAGGUCUUCUGAACGAUGAUCAUUUGUUUGAAUACAGUCAGUUGUCCGAUGCUGUCCUUUGUGACGAGAGCGUCUUUAUGGGUUUGCUUCAAAUCACCGAAUACACAGAAACCUUGCAACCAGUUGGAAUGGUCUCCUUCAUUCACAAGAGCAUACAGGAGUUCCUAGCCGCUUGGUACAUCAUCUACAAAUGUAUACCUGAGGGCGGAAGUGUUGGUGAAAUCGGAGUGAAGUUAGAGGAUUGCUUGGCUUUAAAGAAUGUAUUUCAGUUUAUGUGCGGCCUGAGUGAAGAUGGAGCAUCGAUGGUUUUCACGCAUUUAAAGUCUGUCAGAAUCUCAGAUCCUUCGCUGGAUUUAUCCAAGGCAAUCCCGGACGUAGAAAAAGAAACCGACGUGCCACUGAGUGACGUCACUGACCGUCAGCGGAAUUUCAACGAUCUGGUUUUGAAUUCAUUUGAAGAGGUUAAAUCAAAAGCUGAACUUUCGGAAACUUGUUUGGAUUGUCUCGGGAGCAUCUUUCUUCUUCCUUCAAAUUACAUGAAAUCAUUUCCUGAAGACCUUCUUUUAAAGCUAAGGGAUGCAAACACUUUGUCUUUUAUUUCUGAAUAUAGAGAUUUAUAUUCAGAACUAUAUGGAAGGAGCCCGGGAGCAGGCAUUCGACUUCUUAGGAUGAUUGAUCUCACUAAGCUGCAGGUUGCUGAAAGUUUUGAAAGAGAAAAAUUAAGAAAUUUUCUAAUAGAUUUUCUAAAUAUUAAUCAUUAUUGUUUUUGUAGGUUUUUCGCAGUCAUUUGUAUCCGUAAUGGCCAGGUCUACUUUUACAUCAAACACUUGAAAAUGACCUGUGAUCUCCACGCCAGGCUAAUCACUGACAAAGUUGUUCAUUCUCACGCAGCUCAUUCAAGUUUAAGACAGCCAUGUCUGAAAUACCUGAAAACUCUAAAUUGUUUCAAAAGUGAUGAUUCAAUGGAAUUCCCUUUUAUUGAAAAAUGUAAAGACCCCCUUUUUCCACUCUACGAUGACCCUUUUAAACGCAUGAAGCGUUCAUUCAGUGAUAAAGCUUUGUGUCCUUUCUUGGAGCAAGUACCAAAUCCUUCCAGGUGCACUUUGUCUAUCAAGCGUUGUGACUUAACAUCAAAAGGAGCAGUAAAGCUUGCAUCUUUGCUACCAACGUUUGAAAACGUCACUAAUCUUGAUCUUAGCCUUGCCGUUUGCUCUGCAAAGUCAGUAACAAUAUUGGUUACCGCCAUUAAGCACAAGACUCUCGUGGAUCUUAUACUGAGUGAAAUCCACCUGACCUCAGCAGUAGUCGACGCGCUUGGUCAGUCACUGCCUGAAUUAUCAACAUUACGAACACUGAGAAUAAGUGGGAUGAAUGUAUGUUUUAAUGAAGCAGCAACAAGAUUGUGUGCUGCUAUCAAGCACAAGUCUCUUGAGGUACUAGAACUGAGUGAAAUCAACAUGCAAUCAGCAGCAGCCGAGGUACUUGGUCAGUCGCUACCUAAAUUAUCAGCCUUACAAGCACUGAAGAUAAGUGGCUUGGCUAAAUUUUCUGUUGAAAAAGUAACAUUCAUUCUGAUGUCAGCAGUAGCCAAGGUGCUCGGUCAGUCACCUGAAUUGUCAGCAUUAAAAGAACUGAGGAUAAGUAGCUUGGAUGGAAGCAGAUUGAAAGUACGGUUUGUAGAAUGCAUUUUGCAGCCUGAGCCGUUUCAAACGUUGGAGAUAGGUGGCUUGAGUGAAUGUUUUGCUAAAGCAGUAACAAGAUUAUUUACAGCUUUCAAGGACAAGACUCUCAAGAAACUGAAACUGAGUAAAAUCAUGCUAACGUCAGCAGUAGCGGAGGCGCUUGGACAGUCGCUGCCUGAAUUUUCAGCCGUAGAUUCACUGGAGAUAAGUGGCUCGGAUGGAUGCAGUUUAGAAGAUAAGGAAAUGGAGGCGUUGUUUGGCAGAUUUAACAGACCCUCUCCUUUGGUUUCUCUCGUAAUUGAUCAUUUCAGCCUAAGAGGAAGUCUUUCUGUACUCGCCAAAAACCUGCACUUCUUCCCCCGCUUGAAAUAUUUAGACCUUUCUGUAACCGUGGAUGAAGCUGACCUUUUUGGUCUUCUCGAGAAUAUGAAAUUGCUUCCUGAACUGGAACAUCUGAUCCUGAAGGACAGUGCACUGCGCCACUCAAUAAGAUCACUGGUCCCACAGAUACUGAAACUGAAAAAUCUUGAAAUGCUGUUUUUAAAAACAGACGAGGAUUUUUCAAGAGAAGAGCUGUGUUAUGUCCAAGAGGCCUUCGAAGGAAAACUCAGUCACCUGAGAAUUGAAGUAGCAAAUUGU